AUGGCUCCUUGUGCAUCUCUUCUGCUUCCAGUCUUUGCCAUUCUUGCAACACUACCAAUAAUACAAUCAGUGCCCACAUUUUUUCCAAGACCAAGUUAUGAUCAAUCUUUAGCCAAACAACCGAAGGCCUCAAAACCAAAGAUCCCAUACAAGACUCACUACUUCCCGCAAGUCCUGGACCACUUCACAUUUCAGGCCAAAAGCUCAAAAAUUUUCUACCAAAAGUACCUUGUCAACAGCCAUUACUGGCACAGAGGAGCUCCUAUCUUCGUCUACACUGGAAAUGAAGGUGACAUUGAGUGGUUUGCUGCCAAUACUGGCUUCUUGCUUGACAUUGCUCCCAAGUUCAGAGCUCUUCUGGUUUUCAUUGAACACAGAUUUUAUGGGGAGUCAAUGCCAUUUGGAAACAAAUCAUACAAGUCUGCAGAGACAUUGGGAUACUUGAAUUCACAACAAGCAUUGGCUGAUUUUGCACUUCUGAUAAGGAGUUUGAAGCAUAAUCUUUCCUCUGAAGCAUCUCCUGUGGUGGUUUUUGGUGGCUCUUAUGGUGGAAUGCUGGCAGCCUGGUUCAGACUGAAAUACCCACACAUAGCCAUUGGUGCAUUGGCAUCUUCAGCCCCUAUUUUGCAGUUUGAUGACAUCACUCCAUGGUCAAGCUUUUAUGAUGCUGUCUCCCAGGAUUUCAAGGAAGCAAGCUUGAAUUGCUAUGAAGUGAUAAAAGGGAGCUGGGCAGAGCUGGAGGCACUAUCAGCUCAGAACGAAGGUUUGGCUGAACUGAGCAGAACUUUCAGAGCUUGCCAAGACCUUCAUUCACUAGAUUCAGUCUGGGAAUGGUUAUGGUCAGCAUUUGUUUACACAGCCAUGGUGAAUUACCCAAAUGAAGCUAAUUUUAUGAUGCCAUUGCCUGCCUACCCUGUGCAAGCGAUGUGCAAGAUUAUCGAUGGAUUUCCAUCGGGGGCUUCCAAGAUCACCAGGGCGUUCGCAGCUGCAAGCUUAUAUUACAACUAUUCUCGGGCAGAAAAAUGCUUUAAGUUGGAACAUGGACCUGAUGCUCAUGGUCUACAUGGUUGGAAUUGGCAGGCAUGCACAGAGAUGGUCAUGCCAAUGACAUGCUCUGAAAAGAGCAUGUUUCCCACAUCCGGCUUUAGUUACAAAGAGUUUGCAGAAGAUUGUAUGAAAACGUUUGGGGUUAAACCUCGACCACAUUGGAUCACUACUGAAUUCGGUGGCAAAAGAAUUGAUCUUGUUCUGAAGAGAUCAGGUGGCAACAUCAUAUUUUCAAAUGGAAUGCAAGACCCCUGGAGCAGAGGAGGUGUGCUGAAAAAUAUAUCUUCCAGCAUCAUUGCCCUUGUCACAGAAAAGGGAGCUCAUCAUGUCGAUUUUCGAUCUGCAACGAAAGAUGACCCGGAAUGGCUUAAAGAGCUGAGGAGACAGGAAGUUGAGAUCAUUCAGGGAUGGAUAGACCAGUAUUAUCCAGAUUUAAAGCGGACAAUGAGAAGGAAGCAUUUGUAGUCAACUAGGGAACUGCCAUUAGCGUUACAAAAUGUGUGCUUCAAUUUACAAGUGUAUGUAGCAACAUGAUGCGGUCCCGUGAUAUGCCUAUAAUUUUAAAAAAAGGGAAAUCAUACAAUUGCUUGCA